AUGGCCUGCUCUAGGCUGGGCCUCCUGCUCCUACUCCUGCUGCUGCUGCUGCUGCUAACCGCCUGCCCCAGACCUUUGAGGGCUCAGCACUGGUCCCAUGGCUGGUACCCUGGAGGAAAGAGAGCCUCCAAAUCACCCCAGGAUUCCCAGACUGUCCCCAGAUCUCCAGGAAGGGUCCUGGGCACUGCAGCAGGCAGCCUCUCCCAAGCUUCCAAUGGACUCCCAAGUGAGGACCUGGCACCCUUUGAAGACACUGUGCCCUGGAAGGGCAGAAGCACCGCCCGGUGGGCUCUCCACAGGAAACAGCACCCGGUUUACAUGCUACUGUUGUCUCCUUCAUCCCCUCCCUCCACCAGCCCCACAGAGGGCCCAGUCCCGCGAGCCAGCAGGUCUCCGGCUCAGCCCCGCUGGUGGGAGGGGCUUCGGGAGGAGACCAAGGGCGCGCCCGCUCUCACGGGGCGGGGUACGAGGACUACAAGUCCCAUGGUGCCCCGCGACCGCUUCCGGGUCAGAGCGGGGUCGAGCGCGGACACCUAG